ACUCGUCCGGCGCAUACACUCCGGUGCGUACCAGAACAUCGCUGCAACUGAGUCUGACGACCUCCUACGCUCUACUGCCUGUACAUCAUCUGCGGCACCCGAAUGACUGCGCCUGCAUCCGCCUGAAUCGUUCAAAGGUGCUCAAACUCGACACGGACGAAUGCGACUAGGAUCGGCGAGGCGUGAUUACAGGACACCAGCACCUGGGUGACACCGACCAACCUCAAAUACAGUCAGUAACAUCACGUCCAUAACAUGAGUAACCAAGGUGUCUUGGUGACGUAUUCCUCUUCGCGCGAGUUCCUAGCAACGGACCACUGGAAACAAGUCUGGGCAGCUCUGCUAUGCCAGUUCCCGCUGCGUACACUGGUCUGGAGAGGGCCUGGUCGGAGCUCACAAAGCACCCAAACAAUACAAGACCUCAAUGUUAGGAUUGCACCGCUGGAAUCGGUCAAGCAAGAGCAUACGUCUCAGGUCCCGCAGACCCUACUCGAGAAGCCUCUGCUAAACCUCUACUUCGUCGUAUGCGAGGACAAUGAGACAUACAAGAACACCAUAAAGAAGCAAAUCCGAGACUGGCACACGAUUAUAAGUCAACGGAAGUACCAGGAAUGGCUCAUAGUGCACAUUGUCCGACCAGAAGGCAGGGCUGCACAACAGCGCAUGUUCCAGAUGAAGACGUCCGUACUCGACAAGAUCAAGGCGGACUUCAACCUUGACAAAAAGGACAGAUGCGUACAGCUCGUUUGGGCAUCCGACUUCGAGAAUCCUGCGGCUUGGGCGGAGUUCAUCACCAAGCUUAAGGAGGGCAUCCUUGCCGCAUUUGACUCAGCUUUCACGCAGCGGGAGGCGGAAAUGAAGCGUUCGGAAGGACAGAUACAGAUGCCCGGGUGGAACUUCUGUACGUUCUUCAUUCUAAAGGAAAGCCUUGCGAUAUCCUUGGAAGGCAUCAACCUGUUUGAGGAUGCUCUAGAACAAUAUAACGAGCUCGAGGCAGCCUUCUUCAAAGUUGUCCGGGACAGGAACCUAUCCUGGUUCGGCUCCCUGAUAGACCCCGACCCCGAAGACGACUCCGCUCCGCUCCUCUCCACGACAAGGAAACCGUAUCGGGACCUCAUACUAGGCAAUACCAUCUCCAUCUUCGACUUCCGCAUAUAUCUGCUGGCCAGGCAGUGCAUCUUGCUGAGCAAACUUGGGAGGGUGGCGGAGAUAUGUAGAAGAUCCGAGAAGUUUCUGACGAACUUCGGGAGACGGCUACGCGAGCUGGAGGACACGCUACCGGAGUUCUUCAUCGAGUCUUGGAUAUAUUCCUCGGCAUUGAGCGUAGCAGAUACAUGCGACACAUGGGUGUCCGCGGUGAAUCUCAGCAAAGCAUCACAAGCCCGAUAUUCCGCUCUCAAGGGAGAGCUCAUGGAGCUUGCACAGCAACAGCUCGAUAUCAUCGGCAUUCGGACUGGUCACCUGCCGUCCCGCCCUCCCUUCUCAAUAGCCCUCUCAGCACCCGCUUCACGGACCACUCAAUCCCAACGAAAGUCGCAGACAAUCUCUAGGCAGGAGCUUCUAGCGGCCAUAUCCGACCGGGAUGCGCUAUUUGACCUAUACGUAACAAUCACCAACCGUGCUAUAGAGUACUACGCCAGUGCAGGUCGACGGAAGUUCGCGAUUAAGCUACACGGCAAUCUUGCCGCUCUGGAUGUGGUACGGGAUCGUCUCUCGAGCGCAUUCGACACGUAUAAGAAUUUGCCUGCCCACUAUGCGCCCCAUGGCUGGACCUCACUCGAGUCUUUCAUGCGGAUGCAGGCCCUGAGCAUCCACACGUCGACAGAGCAGGCCAAGGAUGCCGAUUGGGCCCAUAUCGUCGUCGACUUCCUCAAGGCGUACGUGGAGGACAUGGGUGCGGAGUUACUCAUGGACGUCGACGAUCACAAGGCAUAUGUCACUGGAUUGAUUGAGAGUCUGCGACACGCCGCGGCUGAGCUGCAAGCAGAUAUGCUGUACCCCGAUCAUCCCGCCUUGUCCGUCACCAUGGCGGAAAGCGAAGCUCGACUGGCACAAGAUCAGGACGGUGCCCUCCUGGAAGUGACUGUGCGCAAUCAACUACCAUGUAACUUGCCUGUCGAUGAAAUCGUCGCGGUCUUGGCGGGGCAUGAAGGUGCCCAACUCACGUUUUCCGCGCGGGUGUCGUCGAUCCAACCCGGAUCAACCAGACUCACGUUGUUCUGCCCCUCGUCCACCCCAGGCAUGUUCGCGUUGCAGUCCAGCCAGGUGAAGAUGUCACGGGUCGUCUUCGAGCGGAAGGAGGCCAAGUUAGCGGCUCUGUCGAAGACCACGAGGCCGAAGGACCUACCGGCUCUGGUCCGGAUCCCGAAGGAUCAUCAUGCUGUAGACGUGCGCUUGCGGCCACCGAAGCGGAUCGAGCUGGGCACGCCUGCGUACAUGACGGUGUCCCUGCAGACAGGCAGGAAUGACAUAUCGGUGGCUACCUUGAGGCUCGUCUCCCCGUCCGGCGUGCAGUUUCACUGCCAGGAGGCGGCUAUAGACGAAGGAGGGGAUAAUGCUACCCUGGAGGCUGCGGACGACGCGAUCAUCCUGCGGGACGUUGGAAAGCGGCAGAUUGUGACGGUCGCUGUUCCGCAUAGCGAUGCAUCCUCGUAUCACACGUUGAGAGUCAACGUCAGUAUCGAGUACACAACCGUCACCGAGCCUAACCUGAGCCGUAAACUUAAUAUCGCGCGAUUCGUGGCCACGUCUUUGCCUAUCACCACCAAUGUCGAAGACUUCUUCCGAGGCACAAGAUUAUUCAGUCUUUUUACGCUGUCCACUACGUCACAUCAACACGUCCGCAUACGCUCAGCGGAGUUGAAGCCGUCCAGACAAGACGCGGACAGUGUCAGCGUUGUAAGCUGUCAAUCGCAGAAACCCGAUAUAGUGACCGUGACGCCCGCUCAAUCGGGCCAGUUUCUGUUCCAGCUUGAUACUGUACGCGGGAAAGCACGGGACCCCAUGAAGUUGCACAUCACAUAUCGAAUGCUCCGAGAAGAGGUGGAGUCGUUUAUCAAUGCUGCAGUAGCAGAAAUAGUUGCAGAUGAUCCUUCGCUACUACCACAUCGUGAGCUCCUCAUCGACAGACUGGUUGAGGCUCUCUCCAAGAGCGUGGAUUGGAUCGAGCUGUAUGGGGUCACCGGGGAGCUCGUUGUCCCAGGUAACCUGAGUGAGAACAGCGAACUUGCAUCGGCGUUCGCACGACUCAAGGAGAUCCUAGGGAAGCCCAGACCUCUUAACUCCUCCUUUGACGAAUGGCGAGACAUUAUCAUUCCAGUGGAUAUACCGCAGAUGCACAUCCUAGCAGCUGCUCAGCUACGGAUAUUUGCCAAUCCAUUCUCUCAACAGCCUUCGGGUCAAGCCCUACCGCUCUUCGCAGGCCAACCGAUAUCGGCCGUGGUGACUGUGACGACAUCUUUCCACUGGGCCCCGUCUGAAGACGCGGAGAUGGCACAAUAUCUACUGCGAUAUGACAUCCAGGACAUGACUGGCGACUGGCUCGUCAGCGGACCAAAACGUGGAGACUUCUCCGCAGAGGACGGCUCGACAUUUUCGUCGCCAGUCACGCUGAUCGCUCUCCAUCAUGGGGAAUUAUCGCUACCAAAGGUGAUGGUGAACGCUCUUCCGCUUCCCGGUAAGCAAAGAAUGCGGACAUCAGUCAUACCGAGCUGCGAAACAUAUCAGCUGCAUGGUGCGGAGAAGGUGAUGGUGCUCCCGAGAGGCGGUCGGACAACGUACGUAGUAGACAUGGGAAGGGAGGCUAUUCCUGCAUGACAUUACUGUAGUAUCCGUUUUUUGCUUGUAUGUAUACUUCGUGUCAUUUUUCAGAGAGCUUCAAUGAGCGCUAUCUCUAGCGAGUAUCUUAUUUGCAACACCAGA